AUGAGAGGCUGUGGGGAUGACAGAGCAAGAGCUGGAAACAAACAUCAGUGAAGAAUGAAGGCUUUAGUAUGUAUACUGCUGCUGUUGGAAACCUUUGUGGUUGUCGUCCAGCAGCAGGUAGAUGGAGGACUCAAUGAGAAUGAGAUCAGUCAACAGAUCAGCUCUGAGGACAGAAGACAGAAUCCACCUCAAACGGGCACUUUGAGAGCUGAAGCUUCAACUGACAGCCAACAACACUGCAAUCUGGGCAUCCCUGACAUCCAUGCAGCUCUGAGAGAACUGACCGCCACCGUUACAGAGCAGAAAGGAAACAUCAGAGAACUGACCGCCACCAUUACAGAGCAGAAAGGAAACAUCAGAGAACUGACCGCCACCAUUACAGAGCAGAAAGAAAACAUCAGAGAACUGACCGCCACCGUUACAGAGCAGAAAGAAAACAUCAGAGCUUUAGAGACACAACUGAGGGAUGAGAUGAACAAGAAAAAUGAAGAAAUUUCAAAUCUUACUCUGAGUCAAGUGGAGGAGUUGAGAAAGGAAAAUAAAGACAGAGAAAUAGCCUUUUCAGCUGCACUGAUGCAAUCUGGCAGUGGAUAUGUUGGUCCUUUUACCACUGAAAUCACACUAACCUACAAGAAUGUCUUCACAAACAUUGGGAACGCCUACAACCCAGUUACAGGUAUUUUCACAGCCCCACUGAAAGGAGCGUACAUGUUCAGAUUCUCUGUAUAUGGUCAUGGUGGAACUCCAGCAACUGCAGCCAUUUUUAAGAAUGAAGAGCACAUGGUCUUAGCACAUGAUAGUCAGGCUCAGGGUGCAUUAGCCGCCUCAAAUGGAUUUGUGUUGAUCCUGGAGGUUGGAGAUGUUGUAUAUGUGAGACUUUGGUCUGGCAGGAGAAUAUUUGAAAAUAGCAAGGAGAACCACAACACUUUCAGUGGUUUCCUACUGUUUCCUUUAAGAUAACAAGAGCUUUGCAGAAUGUAAUUCCAAUAAUUCCGAACCUUCGGCAUAUAAUUUAAGAUUAAAAUCAUGAAGAAUCAUUAACAUAUGAACCUGUAUUAAUAAGGACUGUGUGUUUGAAGUUUGCAAUAGAUUACUGUAUAAAAGUCUGAGCUGUCUAUAUGUAACUGUAUAAAGUGUUUCAGAAUGAAGGCUUUAGCAUGUCUACUGCUGCUGUUGGAAACCUUUGUGUUUGUUGUUCAGCAGCAGGUAGAUGGAGGACUCGAUGAGAAUGAGAUCAGUCAACAGAUCAGAGUUGUUGUCAGCUCGCGUUGUGUGUAACCCAUUGUUGCGGAUAAUUUACGUAGCGUCAUCUAGUGUGAACACCACAACAACUUAAAUACUCUACAGAAAGUCAUGUAGUCUGAACAGCACAGUGAUCUGCCCAACGUUUAAAGUCCUGUAGUGUGAACUAGGCAUUACUCACAACGAACUUAACCUGGAUGAAAGCAGAGCUCCAUUGUCAAAUAUCAAAAGAAACAUUGUCAUGGCUUUCAAGGUAGAAACAUCUAUUCAUGUUAAAUUAAAAUAAUACUGUUUGUAUGUGCUUUAUAACAGGGCAUCAACAAGGUGCAGGAUUGUUUUGCACAAUUUUAAACAUCCCCAAAAGCUCUGCAGUCACAACGCGGUAGCUAAUUUCCACACAUCUGAACUAUAUAAG